AUGAAAUUCCUAGUGUUCGCCAUCUUUGCCUUUUUGGCAGUCUGCUCCGUCAUGGCUGACCCUGAACCACGUCCUUCUGGAUUGGGAGUUAUCGCCCCCGGAGUUCUAGCCGCUCCCGGAGUCAUAGCCACCUCUGGAGUUGUUGGAAUUGGAGCUGCACCCUUGGCCGUUGCACCUGGAUUGGGACUCGCUGGACAUGGAGUUAUUUUGGGCUGA